AUCAUAUAGAGAGGUUCAUUCAUUGACAGGUUCUGUACCUCCUUCAAAAUAUGUCAUGAAGUUUUGGACAUUUUUAUAUUAUUAACAGACUUGAACAACGAUUUGAAACGUGAUAACGAGAGUCAAAACGUAACGAAUCAGGUAAAACUCGAUCGAGUCGAUUUACGACGUACAUGUGUGUCUCAAGGAGCUACCUGAAACUGGAAGGGGAAUAUGAUACCUAGUAGAAUGGGAACUUAUCUGUCAGAGACUAUGUGAAUGCACACAAUGAUAUAGCAAAAUCCUAAAAUCUUAAGACACCUUUACAAACUUACAUUUCGGAUUAAGAACUGGUUUAAUAACUACGUCGGUUAUAAUAGCACACCAUUUUACAUAUAUAAACAUACAUAAUUCCGAGGAAAUUGGGUUGACGUGAACAUAGAGCUGUAUCUGCGACUAUUCGAACACAGAGUAUCAGAUGAUACCAAAUGUCCAUAAUUUGCCUGAUUUAAAAUGGAAAAUAUAGCAGCAUAAUAUAUAGUGUAUGGAUGACUAUAACACGCGACACACGGAUACUGAGUUUUUCUUUUGGAAUUAUCCUACUCUAAUAGCAAGCAAUAGCUAUCCAAGUUUAAAAAGGAAUCGACGAAUCGAACAAAACGAAAGGGAAACAUGACUGACAUGGUGACAUUCCACUGGGCUGACUAUUUAGUCUUCUCCGUAGUUCUACUAGCAUCUGCCCUCAUUGGGGUAUACUACGGAUGUACGGGCAAGAAACAAUCCACCAGCGAUGAAUUUCUACUUGGGGACAGACAAAUGCCUUUAUUUCCCGUCAGUAUGUCGAUGGUUGCAACUUUCUUCUCGGCCGUUUCUGUUCUUGGCGCACCAUCCGAGAUAUACAACUAUGGGACUCUCUACUGGUUGUGGGUCAUAUCUUUUUGGAUUGCACUCCCCAUAACUGCGCAUGUGUAUUUGCCUAUAUACUAUGACCUAAAGUUGACAAGUGCAUAUGAGUAUCUUGAUAGACGUUUCAAUAAGGUUAUACGCAUCAUGGGAAUCAUUACAUACACGUUCCACAUUCUCAUAUAUAUGUCAGUUAUAUUAUAUGGCCCAUCUGUAGCAUUUGAGUUAGUAAGCAAGUUGCCAUACUGGGCAACCGUCCUUCUCGGGGGAUUUGUAUGUCUCUUCUACACGUCAUUCGUGUCAGUUGUUCCUAUCUCAACGUACUUAAACAUGCAACUCCAAAUUGUCGUCUUCAGGGAGGAAUGAAGGCAGUGCUGUGGGCUGAUACACUGCAAGUGGCAGUCAUUCUAAUAGGUAUCCUGGCACUUAUUAUACAAGGAUGCAUCAACCUGGGUGGAGUAGGAGAAGCUUUCAGAAUCGCUAAUGAAAAUAGAAGAAUCGAAUUCUUCAAUUGGAAUCCAGACCCUACGGAGCGCCAUACAACAUUGACUGUAAUUAUAGGAGGAACGUUUACAGUGUUAGUAAUAUAUGCAGGAAAUCAACAAAUGAUACAGAGAUAUCUUACGGUGGAUACAAAACGAAGGGCGCAGAUAGCGGUUUAUGCUAAUAUGCCACUUACCUUUAUUGCACAGUCGCUUUUCUGUCUAACAGGGGUCGUAUUAUUUGCUGCGUACGCAACUUGUGAUCCUUUAACACAAGAGCAAAUCAAGAACCGUGACCAGAUGGUUACAUAUAUGGUCAUGGACAUUCUUGGUCACCUCAAGGGCAUGGGGGGACUGUUCAUGGCCUCUGUAUUUGCGGCUGCAAUGAGUACGAUGUCCUCUGGCCAAAAUGCCCUAGCAGCGGUGUAUCUGGAAGAUGUAGCAAAACCAAUCUACGAAUCAGUCCACAAAAGACCCAUGCCAGCAAAGUUUGCAGUGGGAUUGUCAAAGGCAUUUGCUGUGUUCUUUGGAAUUGCUACAAUGGCUUUGGCGUUUGUAAUCGACCAACUGGGAGGUGAGAUAUUGACACUGGCAUUGAAGAUCUUUGGCAUCAUUGGCGGACCUCUACUUGGUCUAUUCACCCUUGGGAUCCUUUUUCCAUGUGCAAAUGCAUGGGGAGCAGGUGCUGGUCUUAUUGCAAGUCUUGCGAUUGAAUUUUGGAUUAACCUCGGAUUCAUUCUGAAUGGGUUAACAACUCCAACGUUACCAACUCGUACGGAUGGAUGUCCUAAUGCCACAUUUACCUCAAAUGCAACAUUUACAACAAUGGUUUCAACAACAACAACAAUGGUGUAUGAAACGACACAAGCAGUCGAACCUACUGAAGAGCCUGCUAUAUUCUACAUGUAUAAGAUCUCAUAUAUGUGGUUCACUGUUAUUGCCCUUCUGGUUACCUUUAUUGUUGGACUUCCUGUCAGCUGGAUAGCUGCAAAGAUAACAGGUCGGUAUAAAACGGAAGACGUAGAUCCUUGCCUAGUGUGGCCAAUAUGUGACAAGAUCUGUUGCUGCCUACCAGAGAUGUUCAGAGGGUGCUGCAGAGUGCCCGAAAGAAAGUCAACGCAGAACGAUAAUCGGGGUAGCUACUCUAAAGUUUACAAAAUGGAGAUGAAUCCCCCUAUACACAGAAUGGAGAACUGAACAAAGCCUUUGAUAGCACUAAUGACAAUAUUGUCUUUGGAAAUAUGGCACACAUCGGUGCACAAAAUGGAACGAGUGAUAAAUAUGUGGACGAACACAAAUAUUUGGCAAAUGGUAACGCUAUAAAUACCAUCGAGCAAACAAAUCAUACUGAGUUAGCGGAUGUAACUCAGUUGUAAAUAAAUAGGUGGUACCACUACUGAAUAAUCUUACAGACAGAUAAUAUAUUUUGUCGUUAACCAUCCUGUACUAUUGCUUUGUGUAGGAUUUCUCAAUAGGUAACAGCACAUAACAUGAACAUAUUAUAGAAACGUGUAAAGUGAAUAAUUUUUCAACUUUUAUUAUAUUUUUCUAAUAUUGUCCAUAAUAUGUUGAUAACCUGGACUGUAUGUGUUCCAGUAGAUGACUGCACUGUACAAGUUUCGAUAUACUGUAUAUGUCGUUUGGCGUUAUCUCGUUUAUAUGGAUUUUCUUCAAUAUACAGGGUGGUCCAAA